CUAUGGACAGAGCCUCCACCGAGCCGCUGCCUGCCCACCCCAGACCCAGCUGACAUGGGGACUGUUGGAGCAACGCAGCUGUGCUGGGUGAUCCUCAGCUUCCUCCUACUCCAAGCCACUCCAGAGAAGGCCUCACAGGUCCCCACAGUACCCAGUAAACCUGUGAUGUCAAGCUCAAGCACCAUGGAUGGCCACUCCCCAUCCCAGCCACAGCAGCACACAUCAGGACUUGACACCUCUCAAAAUGUUACUCCCAAAUCAGCCACCAUGAGCCUGAGGACAAGAGAAGACUCCACCAUUCUGCCCAGCCCUACGUCAGAGACGGUGCUCACUGUGGCUGCAUUUGGUGUAAUCAGCUUCAUUGCCAUCCUGGUGGUUGUGGUGAUCAUCCUGGUCGGUGUGGUCAGUCUAAGGUUUAAGUGUCGGAAGAACAAGGAAUCUGAAGAUCCCCAGAAACCUGGGAGUUCGGGGAUAUCUGAAAGCUGCUCCACAGCCAAUGGAGAGAAAGACAGCAUCACCCUCAUCUCCAUGAAGAAUAUUAACAUGAAUAACAGCAAAGGAAGCCGCUCAGCAGAGAAGGUUCUUUAAAAGCAACUUUGAGUCCAAGGAUGAUGAAGCUGCCCUGUGACUGACUGUAAGGAGGAAGGCAACGGGAGCAGUAGAGGCAAUAAACCACAUAUAAAUUAUUUUAUUGUUUCACAUCUACUCCCAGAUCUAAUGCAUACUAACAUUCCUCCAGAUCUGGGAGCAAGCUACCAACAUGAGAGGCUCUUUCCCUUAAGGACUACCAUUCCAGAAACACAGCCAGUUCCUCCCACCUUCUCAAAGUCAUAGGAAGGAGAAGUCUAUAGAGCAAAAGCAAGGACAAUGACAAAGUGGAUUGGUCCUUUCUACUUGCCAUUAAAAUUAUUUUCUGGCCUGCA